UUGUGAAUUAUUUACAGCUUUUUUUAUUGUGAUUUUAAAAAUCAGUGCUAGUGUUAAUAUGGCGUUUAAGUGUUUUAUUAGUGUAGUUUUUAUUUUGGCGGUGAUACAGUUUUUAGAACUUUCAUACGCGUAUAGUCCAAGAGAAUGUGGUGUUCCUCUAAGGAGGCACACGAGGCAGCCACGCGAGAGGUCAGCAGGGCAGCUCCGAAUUAUCAAGGGGAGGGAAUCGAAGCGCGGCGCUUGGCCGUGGCAGGUCUCUCUCCAACUACUUCACCCGAACUACGGUCUCAUCGGGCAUUGGUGUGGAGGAGUUCUGAUCCAUCCACAAUGGCUCCUAACCACCGCACACUGCAUACAUAAUGAACUCUUCAAUCUACCAGUGCCAGCACUAUGGACUGCUGUCUUAGGAGAGUGGGAUCGUGCUGAACAGCGAGGGUCCUACCUCCCUAUUGAGAGGAUUGUCCUUCACCAGAGGUUCCAUAAUUAUCAGCAUGACAUAGCUCUCAUGAAAAUGAUAAAGGCAGCUGAUGUUAGCGCCGGGAGUCGGAUACGCACUAUCUGCCUUCCUUCGUAUGAACUGCCAAUCAAUCACAAUACAGAAAGAAGCACAUCAUUCUUCAAGAAACCAGAUGAAAUAAGAAGAAAACCUAAACCUCCCAGACCAAAUCCAGAUACAGCUGUGAAAUAUUUGGAAAAACUCAACAAUUUAACUAAAACCGUAUUCUCGGGUGUUAUUAAUAAAAAACAUAAGAAUACAAGAUACAACGUGAGAGUUUCAAACGAGUCGAACAGACCGACGGAGAGAAAAAACGAUGAGGAAAUAAACAUAGAUGAAAUAGAAGAGAAAGUUAAAGAUCUAGCUUACGACAGUGCAUCAUUGGAUAGCGUCGUUAAACUUAUAAAAAGUAAAGCAGCUAGAGAUAAAAUUAAAGAUGGUAUUAAGAGGAGUGAUAAAAAACUUAUGUUCGGUGAAGAAAUAGAUCCGUUUAUUGAUGAUAAUAACGGGUUAGAUUUCAAAGAUGAAUGCUAUGCGACAGGGUGGGGACGGGAACAGACCAACGGCACUUUAACAGAUGUCCUGUUGGAAGCUGAAGUGCCAGUCCUGCCACUACAGCUUUGUAGGGACAGAUAUUCGUUGAGUUUACCAUUGAACGAUGGACAUUUAUGUGCUGGUAGCACAGAUGGGAGCACUGGGGCUUGUGUGGGUGACAGCGGGGGCCCACUCCAGUGCAGAUCAGGUGGUCGCUGGGAACUGCGAGGCUUGACGUCCUUCGGGUCAGGAUGUGCUAGAAUGGGUGUUCCAGAUGUUUACACGAAUGUUGGACAUUACGUGUCCUGGAUUUACGCUCAUAUUUAUGCCAGUUGAAAGUUAUUCGGCGUUUAACAUUCGAGGUGCUAACCACGAGUCGCUCGGAUCGAAUAAUUCGGGGA